UUUUCACCUCGCUACAGGAAUUAUUGAUUGCGAAAGACAUUGCAUACGACUAAGCACAUAGAUAGACUGUCAUGGCGUCCCAGGUACCAGCUUUACUACGAUUCCUAUCCCAAGAUGCCAAGGUCCCUCUCGCAACUGCUAUGGGUAAGGUCAUGGAACUUCAGAAAGCCGGCCUCACAUCUCCUGAGCAAAUCUCCAAGUCAGAAAUCAAGACUAUCCAAGAGAUCUUCAAAAACGAUAAGUUGGCGAAGCAGGUGUGGAACGCAGCAAAGAGAGUUUCCAGAAAGCGUGAAGCUUCAACCGGGAGCACAGAAUCUCCUCGUAAAAAGGCAAGAGGCUCGGACCAGAGAGAUACUACCACCCCUUUUGACAUAGAAUGUGCACUCGCUCUUCCGACCACCUCUGCGACCGAAGAUGAAUUGUCAAAGGUUGUCCUACUCACGAAUAGAGCACCUCUCGUGCUGGCUUUUGCAGUCUGCCUGCUGAAGCAUACUAUGCCAGAGCAGCCAAUCUCUAGCAGACUUAGCCUCGCUCAGGCAGUUGUUAGCGCUAAUAGUCGAUCCAAAGCUGCCAGUCUGGGUAUUGAAAGUGAGAACCCCGCUGACCAGGAGGGCUGGGGAGAAGGACAACCUGUUGUCAAAGUCCUUGGAAGAGAAAUCAAGGUUCUUAAAAGGUGGGACUACAAUCCCAGGGAGGGUAAGUCCGUGGAUGUGGUUAGUUCAGAACAAAAUGAAGAUAUCUACCAUGUGGCCGAUGAUAUCUUAGGCCAGGAUGUUUCGAAUUCAGAUACCUCGAACGGCAUGCCACCGUUAUGGGGGAUUGACCUCGAGGCACUGCGAAGCGCACAUCGUGGGAACUCGACUGGGGCCUCCACCGCAAAUGAACCUCUUCCAAUUUUCACGCCAGGUGCUGCGCGGUCAUAUUUACUUAAGUCAUUUACAGAACUACCAAAGGAUACUAACCCAACACCAGACAAGCCGAAACGGAAACGCGUCUCUCAAACAGACGCCGAGAAAGAGACAUGUUUGAGAAAUCUACUGCGGUCCAUUGACCUGGUAUGUCAGUCUUGGGCUCCGUUUCUCAGCAAAGAGGAGUUGGAUCGACGAGCAUGGACCUGGUAUACACACGUCAGGCCUGCUGUCCAAAGCGGAGUAGCAGGCUGGGGAGAGAAAGGUCAGGUGAAGUUAUCUGACAUUCUCGCUUUGAGGAGACAGCCAUGACUGUGAGUCCGACUGUUUGGGGCUUUACUGUCAAAGAAUUACACCAAUCAACAACGGGUCCAUUUCAUGAACCCGAGAACACUGACGGAUUUCAUGCUUGUGAUCCACUUAGCAUCGGAUAUCGCAAGAUCUCUGUGUACCGAAAUUGACACGACCGGUGUUAUCCAACGUCUACUAUGUUCUAGAAGCUCGGUAUCUGGAUAAGGAAACCGCUGUGUGGGUCAACCGUUGUUGUGAUGAGUGGGAUCUAGUCACAGACACCAGCUCUGCUAGACGAAAGGCUAUUCUCGCUGUUGAGAGUUCACCAUUUGAUUGAUAGCGCAAAACGCGUUUCUUUUACAUAUACUACUUGCAUUCAGGUUCUGACCAGAAUGGAACCUAGUAGGGGCCAAUGCAGGUAGCAAUUUCUGUCUUAGACCAUACAUGUAAUAUUUCUCUUGUCCUCCGUCUACCUCAGGACUCAAUUGGGUGUCUGCUGGGGACGUCUUGCCGGGUGGGAUCGUUAGUGGAAUGAUCAUGAAGAAAG